AAAAGAAAUCGUGUCUCCACUUUCCUCCUGCUCAGUUCCAACCUGAAACUCCUGCUAUUAUCAGAAUAAGGAACAGAAAAUCGCACAUCUCAGCCGGCACAGCUAGUCUUUCUCACCGUCUCCGGUCGCUGAGGGGUUAAACGUCGCUUGGUAGUAGGAAGUGGGUGGCUGGAGCCGAGGAUGGAGCAAAGACUGUGAAGAAAACACAGAUCAUUUCUUCACAGGAAAAGCGGUGCUACACCCAAGAAGAACAGACUAAACACAUCGAAUACCCGAAGACGGACAAAUCCGUGUCCCAGGGGACGAAAACGAGAAGCGAUCAACCUGCUUUCGAUGCCGCUGUGUUUGCAUGUUUCACCAGAUGGACGGGUAGAGGCGCUUCUCAUUCAUCGUGCCUUUCCCCCCUUUUUCCUUUUUUUCUUUUUUUUAAAUGCACAUAUUCCCUGACGUGGAUGUGUGAUAAGAUCGAGAUCUGUGGUAGUGAUGUGCAAUAUGCAUGCAGUGAACUCUGUGUACAUGCACGCAGCACAUAGAUGUAUGUGGCUUGGCUGCUUGAGGACUUCUUUACUGGGUUUUUAAACCAACGGAGCAUCAUCGCGACAGAAGCAUCUAAAAUGGUGAUCUAAUUUAAUUUUAGUGAAAAUGUUUUUUGUCUUUGGCCGUGGAUCACCGGCUGUUCGGGAGUGAAGAUGUGCGCAAACUUUGUUUUAUCUUCGCCUCGAUAAGCCUCGGUGUGAGGGGUUCUUCUCUAUCUCCCAGCUGGACUUAAGUUCAUGCAGAGCAAGCUGAUCCCACCGUGAAGCCUCUUGCUUAUUCAGCACUUCGCAGAGGAGCCUAGUCAGUACUCUCUGUCAGUCUCAGCCAGCAUGGGAUGUCGGCUGCGGUCGAGCACAGGAGCGGCACUUUUUAUAUUUUGGUCAAACCCCGGUGUAGUUUUUUGCUUGUAGCACGUGACGGUAAACGUUUAUAUAUGCGUAUUUAUAUAUAGGAUUUGUGGUAUUUCUCAUACUGACCUUAACAGGGCCACCUAAUCUCCGGAACAUCAUCUGCUUUUCUCUGAAAAGUGAUGUUGACACCUACCGACACUCCGUCGGGUAUUUCGGCUUAUUAGCGUUCAAUUAUCACGUCUUGCUGGCUCGCUGAAAGCCACGCGAGAGUGGACCCUCUUCUCGCCCCGUCACCUGGAGACCAGGGGGCCACGAGACCAACCGACAGGUGUGACAUCCCCUCCGACACGCGCUAUGGAUGAUUCAGGGAUCAUCCGAAGACGGAGGCUGCAGAAGGAUCUACCUCUGCCCCGAAAAAGUAGUGGUUGCAGAACCAGUAACCGGAAAAGCCUCAUCCUGACCAGUACCUCCCCCACCCUGCCACGACCGCACUCACCACUGCCCGGACACAUAGGAAGCAGUCCGUUGGACAGCCCGCGCAACUUCUCACCAAGCGGACCUGCCCACUUCUCCUUUGCCUCUUCUCGAAGGGCCGAUGGUCGCAGAUGGUCUUUGGCUUCUUUGCCUUCCUCAGGAUAUGGCACCAACACACCCAGCUCAACGUCAUCCAGCUCAUCCCAGGAGCGUCUGCACCAGCUGCCCUUCCAGCCAACCAUGGAUGAGCUGCACUUCCUGUCCAAGCACUUUGGCAGCACAGAGAGCAUCACAGACGACGACGGCGGGCGCCGCUCGCCGCACGUCCGUCCUCGCUCCCGAAGCCUCAGCCCGGGGCGCUCACCAUCCUGCUAUGACAAUGAAAUAGUGAUGAUGAACCAUGUCUACAAGGAGCGCUUCCCCAAGGCCACAGCUCAGAUGGAAGAGAGGUUGGCAGACUUCAUCCAGAACUACUCCCCAGAGAGUGUUCUGCCACUGGCUGACGGGGUUCUCAGCUUCAUCCACCACCAGAUAACCGAGCUAGCCAGAGACUGCCUGACCAAAUCACGCGAGGGCGUCAUUACCAGCGUUUACUUCUGUGAACUGCAGGAGAAUCUGGAGAAGAUGCUGCACGACGUCUACAAGCGCUCGGAGAGCUCGGAGCUCACCUUCGUCAUCGAGCUUGUCAAAAAGCUCUUCAUCAUCAUAUCUCGUCCUGCCAGGCUGCUGGAGUGCUUGGAGUUCAACCCAGAAGAGUUUUAUCACUUACUCGAAGCAGCAGAGGACCACGCCAAGGAGGGACAACUGAUGAAGGCAGACAUCCCUCGAUAUAUUAUCAGUCAGUUGGGACUGACCAGGGACCCACUGGAGGAAAUCGUGGGCUUUGACAGCUACGACAGUGAGGGUCCGCACACUCCAGAGACCGAUGACUCAGCAGAGGGAAAAGGGAGAGCCAUCAAGCCACCAACUGAGGAAGACUUUCAGACCAUAAAACUGAUCAGCAAUGGAGCCUAUGGCGCCGUCUACCUGGUGCGACACAGGGAGACACGUCAGCGUUUCGCCAUGAAGAAGAUCAACAAGCAGAAUCUGAUCCUGAGGAACCAGAUCCAGCAGGCGUUUGUGGAGAGGGACAUACUCACAUUUGCGGAGAACCCCUUCGUCGUCUCCAUGUUCUGCUCCUUCGAAACGCGACGACACCUCUGCAUGGUCAUGGAGUACGUUGAAGGUGGGGACUGUGCCACUUUGCUGAAGAACAUCGGGGCUCUGCCUGUUGAGCUUGCGAGGAUGUACUUUGCUGAAACUGUAUUAGCCCUGGAGUAUCUGCACAACUAUGGGAUCGUCCACAGAGACCUCAAACCCGACAAUCUCCUGAUUACCUCCAUGGGCCACAUUAAGCUGACUGACUUUGGCUUGUCGAAGAUGGGCCUAAUGAGCCUCACCACCAACCUGUAUGAGGGACACAUUGAGAAAGAUGCCAGGGAGUUUCUGGACAAGCAGGUUUGCGGUACUCCAGAGUACAUCGCUCCAGAAGUGAUUCUCCGCCAAGGCUACGGGAAGCCGGUGGAUUGGUGGGCCAUGGGGAUCAUCCUCUAUGAGUUCUUAGUGGGUUGUGUGCCUUUCUUUGGAGACACUCCUGAGGAGCUGUUUGGACAGGUCAUCACAGAUGACAUAGUUUGGCCAGAUGGUGAUGAGGCCCUGCCUGCAGAUGCCCAAUCCCUCAUCUCUGCCCUGUUACAGACCAACCCUCUGGUCAGGCUCGGUACAGGGGGCGCAUUUGAGGUAAAGCAGCACUCCUUCUUCAGUGAGCUGGACUGGAACAGUUUGCUGAGACAGAAGGCAGAGUUCAUCCCUCACCUGGAGUCAGAGGAGGACACAAGCUACUUUGAUACUCGCUCCGAUCGUUAUCACCACAUCAAUACGUACGACGAGGAUGACACCAAUGACGAUGAGCCAGUGGAGAUCAGACAGUUCUCAUCCUGCUCUCCUCGCUUCAGCAAGGUGUACAGCAGCAUGGAGCAUCUUUCUCAGCUGGAACAGAAAGCUACGUGCUCCGUGUCCCGUCGGGAACACAAGGGCCCACGGGAGGACAAGGUAACGAAGAGAGAGAGCAUGGGCAGCUUCAGCAUGAGGGACAAGAGCUGGAGGACUGGAUCCCCUGAGAUGAAGCGCCUGUCCUGUUCAGAGUCCCUCUACACAGAAGGUGAUGCGAGCCCUCCUCUUGGUGCCCGACGACGCUUCUCAGCUCUGAUGGACACGCAUCGUUUUGCCUCACCUCUAGAGGGCGAGUCCGAAUUCCUGUCCCGCCAGAACUACAUGAAGGUCCGUGGCACUUCGCUGGACGGGACUACUGUCCCCUCACCGAGCCUGCUGGAGCAAAGAAACAGUCUGAAGGAGAUCAAUGGGGCAGACAAAUCUCCAAGGCCAGGAGAGACACCGGGCAUUACCACAGCCAUCACCACAUUAUCCCCAGGUCCUGCAGCAACCGGCCGGGAUGUGAUGACUCCUCUGUAUGACCCUCUGGGGCCACGAGCAACAAAUGACUUGGUCCUCCGGAGGGCACGCCAUCAGCAUUUGUCUGGUGAGGGAGAGAAGCGAAACUCCAGAGCAGGCAACAAGGUCAUUAAAUCAGCCUCUGCCACGGCCCUGUCUGUUAUCAUACCGUCAGUGGAGCAGCAUGGCGGCUUCUCCCCGCUGGCCAGUCCCAUGUCGCCCCACUCUUUCUCCUCCAACCCUUCGUCACGCGACUCUUCACCCAGCAGAGACUUUUUCCCAGCAGUCAGUGUGCUGCGCUCCCCCAUUACCAUCCACCGCUCCGGAAAGAAAUAUGGCUUUACUCUCAGAGCCAUCAGAGUCUACAUUGGAGACAGUGAUAUCUACAGCGUACAUCACAUUGUUUGGCAUGUGGAGGACGGUGGCCCCGCCCAGGAAGCUGGCCUUUGUGCUGGUGACCUCAUCACUCAUGUCAACGGGGAGCCCGUCCACGGUCUGGUCCACACUGAAGUAGUGGAGCUCAUCCUCAAGAGUGGCAACAAGGUGACGGUGACAACCACACCUUUUGAGAACACCUCCAUUAAAGUGGGCCCUGCUCGUAAGGCCAGCUACAAGUGCAAGAUGGCCCGGCGAAACAAGAGGACGAUGGGCAAAGACAGCCAGGACAAUAAGAAGCGUAGCUCCUUGUUCCGCAAGAUCACAAAACAGUCCAAUCUCCUGCACACCAGCCGCAGCUUGUCCUCCCUGAAUCGCUCUCUGUCCUCCAGUGAGAGUCUUCCCGGCUCCCCAACUCACAGCCUGUCUGCACGGUCUCCAACUCAGGGCUAUCGCUCCACCCCUGAGCCCUCAUACUUGGGUGCGUCCUCUCAGAGCAGCUCUGCAGCAUCCAGCACUCCAAACUCCCCGGCUCCCUCGCAGCACAUGAGACCCAGCUCACUGCACGGCCUCUCCCCGAAACUCCAUCGCCAGUAUCGGUCUGCCCGUUGUAAGUCUGCCGGUAAUAUUCCACUGUCCCCGUUGGCUCACACGCCCUCCCCCACCCAGUCUUCACCUCCACCUUUACCAGGUCACACUGUAGGGAGCUCCAACACAACCCAGUCUUUCCCUGCCAAGCUCCACUCUUCCCCGCCGGUGGUACGUCCCAGGCCCAAGAGUGCCGAGCCUCCGCGAUCACCUCUCCUCAAACGCGUGCAGUCAGCAGAGAAGCUCGGCUCGCCUCUAACCCAGUCAAGCUCUACAGGAGGGCUGGGGGGUCCACUGAGGAAACACAGCCUUGAGGUCCAGCACUCUGAGUACCGCAAGGACGCCUUCCUCUGCGAGCUUGGGCUCCAGAGCCUGCUGGAGACAGAAGGGGAAAAUUUGCCUCCUAAUCCUCCCCCUCUACCCUCAUCCUCAACUUCCCCAGAGACUGGUGUGCUGAAGCCAGCGAGGAGACUAGGGAGACAGGAGUCACCACUGAGCAGGGAAACACUACUGGCUGGAAGGGAGAGGGAAGAGAAAGAGAGAGGAGUGGAGAGGGAGAAGGAGGCUGGGACAGGAUCGCAGUCAUCCUUAGGAAGAAAACCUCAUGCAAGUGAGCAGCCUUUGAACUCACAAAGCUCUGUACUAAGUGCAGGAACUACUAAAGCUAUAACCCCUAGCACGCCUACCAAAACAACAGGGGGUUUAGGUGCUCACAAGGGGCCUGAGAAGUUCACCCAGAGUCAGGCAGACAUGUCUCCAAAACAGCUAGACUCCAAGAUAGCCAAAAGUCUGUUUUCUAACAGUAAACAUCCACAGGAGCAGCAGCUAGGGGGCAGACCUGAAUCAAAGCAGGAAGGAGACAACAAGAGCCGGUGUGGUCUUCCUGGAGCUGCCUACAGCAAAAGCUCUGUUUCUGCUCCAGAUAAGUCCGCUGGCAUCAUCACAACAGUGACAGGAGGUCCUCUGAGCAAAACCUUUAAACCAUCAGGAGUUGGAGACGCCCUGAGAAAGAUGGGGACUGACAGCAGUGACACAAGGACACCAGACCUUGGCUCCAAAAGCCCCAAACUACCAGCUCGGGUCCUCCCUCCUGUCGUUCCCCCGCAUGGGCAGGCGCUGUCACUGGCCAAAGUAAGGCAGGGACUCGGGGCUGUCAACUGCUACCGGGGAUCACUCGACUGGGAGGACAAAUGUCGUCUGGAGGUGGUGGAGGAGCACUCACCCUCUCCUUCUCCCUCCCCAACCGCGGUAACCCCCUCCCUCUGUGGACCUUCCCUCUGUAAGUCACGGCCUGUCUCCCCUGGUGACAAGACAAGCUUCGUCAGCCAGCUGACCACUGUGGCCAAAAACGUCCUCGGCCCGAUCAAGCUCGGCUCUCAAGAGGGGGCCAAGAGCAAAGAGCAGCAGUCUAAAGCAGCAGAGGAAAAACAGGGAGGCACAGUGGGAAAGUCUGACUCUCCAGCUGGAGGUCGAGUGGUUGUUGGGGCUGCAGUGGUGACCCAGAGUCCUGCUGGUUCACCGCUAGAGAAGGCAACAGGUAGCAGCCUGCCGAAAAUGUGACCUCAUGGAGUCCCUAAAUGGGACUUUAGUAAAAAGAAAAAAAAAGAAGAUGCCUUUUUUGGACAAUGCAACAGAAGACUAGCACUUAAAACCAAUGUACAUUCCAGUUUAAGAGUAUAAAAUGUUAUUUAUUGAUUCCAAUCACUGACUGAAUCUAACCUAAAACCAGGAGUAAAAGAUCUACUGUAAAGGUGCAUUAACUGUUGAUUUUCUAUUAUAAAUACUUUAAUAAGAGGACUCUAAAUGUAACGUGAAACACUUUAUCAGAUGUAUAUGUGAGUCUGUGUGAAUGCAUGUCACAUGGUUUGUACUGUACAUGUGUAAUAGGUACAAGAUGGUCAAAAAGUGCUUUACAGAUCAAAACAUGCUGAAUACUGUGAAUACCAAAUCCAGUCACUCUAUUUUUUCUUUCAACCAGCCCUUUUUUUGUUUUGGG